CUGAGCGGUGAGAGAUGCAGGACAGACAAAAGGAAGGACUUCUCCAUGCAGCAUACGCUGCUGCCAGGAGUAAAAAUGGAGGAGCAGGACCUGCCAGGACCCAAUCCAGCAAAGAGAUCAGAAAUGAGAGGAAAAGGCUCCCGUGCUGUCCAAACUGGGACUGCCAGGGAGUUUCCAGCUGAGACAACCCCGGGAAUAAUUAAGCAUGAGCUAAACAAGGGGCCCCACCAGAAAACUCCACAGCAGGGGUUCCUGAAGUCCAAAUGGUCUAUGCGUUCAAGAUCAAAACCCUCGCGGCUCUUUCAGUCCCGGCCGAGGUUGGGUGAUGCUAAUGACUUUCAGGCCUCCUUCAAGGCUGUCAUUGACACCAGCCGGUGGCCAACAGGAGAGAGUGCGUCCCGUCGAGAAGCCCGUGGGGCCCAUCAAAGGCUGGAUCCUUUUGUGAAAGUGAAGGAGGAGAUUCUGGAUGAGGAAACUCUCAGCUUGGAGAUUCGAUGUCUUCGCUUCCGGCAUUUCGGCUACCAGGAGACCGAAGGGCCCCGAGAGGCCUUGAGACAACUCCGGGAGCUUUGCCGCCAGUGGCUGAUGCCUGAGAGGCACACCAAGGAGCAGAUCCUGGAGUUGGUGACCUUGGAGCAGUUCCUGACCGUCCUGCCCCUGGAGAUGCAGUGCUGGGUCCGGGAAUGGGGCCCAGAGACCUGUACCCAAGCGGUGGACCUUGCAGAAGAUUUCUUGCUGAAGCCUCGAGAGGCUGAGAGGCCAGAGGAAAAGAUAUGGGGGCCUUUCACAAAUGUGGCCAUUCAUUCGCCCGCGUCAGAGGAGGAUUCCUUAGACACUGCUGAAAUGCAGAUUUGCACAGAGGUCAAGGAGGAAGCAGAUGAGAUCGACUUGCUGGGUCAAGAUUUAGAUGACAGGCACGAACUGGAAGAUGCAGAAGGGAUCUUUGAAGAGGAAACAGUUGAGCAAGUAUUUGUGGCUGGAGUAUCCCCGGAAAGAGCCAAGGGAGAUUUAUUCCAGGAUCCUGAAGUCGACAAGAGACCUGGAAGCCAGGAGGGGCAAGAAAAUCGCCGGGACAAGCACCCGAGGAAGGCAGCAAAACCAUCUGGGCAACGCGAGGAAGGCAACAGGGGCUUGAACCAGAAUACCUUCCAGCAUGGAAUCCGCCAGAUCUUUGAUCUCCUGGAGAAUCAGAAGCAGCAGGUGAGGGAGAGGCCGUACAAAUGCACGUACUGCAGGGAGAGUUUCCAGAACAAAUCCCACCUGUCGAUUCAUGAGAGGACCCACACCGGAGAGAAACCGUACGAAUGCCUGAACUGCGGGAGGUCGUUCUCCCAGCACUCGAACCUCCUGAGGCACGAGAGGACCCACACGGGGGAGAAGCCCUACAAGUGCGCCGACUGUGACAAAAGCUUCAACCAGAAGGCCACCCUUGUCAUCCACCAGAGGACCCACACGGGAGAGAAGCCAUACCAGUGCUCAGAGUGCGGCAAGAGCUUCAGCACCAGCUCCCAGCUCAUCACCCACAAGCGGAUCCAUUCGGGAGAGAAGCCGUACCAGUGCUCUGACUGCGGCCAGAGCUUCAGCCGAAGGCCGCACCUCGUGGUGCACGAGAGGACCCACACCGGAGAGAAGCCCUACAAAUGCACCGACUGCGGGGAGAGCUUCAGAAAUAGCUCGGUCUUCAACGUUCACAAAAGGACCCACACGGGAGAGAAACCCUACAAGUGCUCCUACUGCGGGCAGAGCUUAAGCCGGAGGACCAACCUCAUUAAACAUGAGAGAAUCCACACGGGAGAAAAGCCCUUCAAGUGCCCAGAAUGCGACCUCAGCUUCCGGUCCAGCACCUUGCUGAAAGCUCAUAAGAGGACCCACACAGGGGAAAAACCGUACAAAUGCCUGGAGUGCGAGAAAAGGUUCUGCGGUCUCACGGGUCUUCGUAAACAUAAGAAAGUCCACACCGAGAAACAGCCAAAUAUAUUGAUUGCAUUUUGGAGUACAGAUUGCCACAGCUGCAGCAUAACUGGAGAAAGCUGCUGCCAAGAUUUCAACAUGGAGGAACAAGACCUUGCAGGGCCCAAGCAAGCUGGGAGGAGAUUGGAUGAGGUAGGAAGAGCCUGUGAUGUCCAAGGGGAGAGCACCACCAAGUCUGUGGCUCAGGCACCACUGCAAGGCGUUAAGCAGGAACUAGAAGAGGGGUUGCUGCAACAAGGCUGGGGAGCCCAGUGGUCAGAGUUCCUGGGCGUGCCACAGCCCUCUCAUUCAACAUGGACAAACUUACGCCCCUGGUCAGGGCCUGGCGCCAAAGAAAUCCCAGCCUCCAGAGCAGCUGAGGCUUGCCGCUGGCCUAGCCAGGAAUUCGCAACCCAAACCGCGGCAGGUCCUGGUGAUGAAACCCGCGAGGCCUACGAAAGCCUGGACUUUGCUGUGAAAGUGAAGGAAGAGGUCCUGGACGGGGAGGCCCUCAGCUCCGAGACACUGCACCAGCGGUUCAGGCAGUUCUGCUACCAGGAGGCCGAGGGGCCGCGAGAGGCCUUCAACCAGCUCUGGGAGCUUUGCCGCCAGUGGCUGAGGCCGGAGAGACACACCAAGGAGCAGAUCCUGGAGCUGGUGAUCCUGGAGCAGUUCCUGACCAUCCUGCCUCUGGCGAUGCAGAGCUGGGUCCGGGAGAGCGGCCCAGAGACCUGUUCCGAAGCGGUGGCCCUGGCAGAGGACUUCUUAAUGAGGCAGCCAGAGGCGGAGGGAUGCCCACCAAGCACUCCUGCCAAAAGAGCCAGGGAGAGGGAGAGCUCCAGGCUGCCUUGGAAUAUUUCAGAGCCUCUGGAAGACAUGGCUGAUAACAUCACAGUGUUGGCACAGGAUAUGUCGGACCUGGCGAAGCUGCAUUUUGCCUCAGAUGCCAAGCAAAGGAGCGAUCGGGAGGCCAUCUUGCUGGGCGAGGAUCAAAUGGAGACAAAAGAGGGAGAUCCACAACCUGUGGAACUCAAUGAGACAUUGUUGGGAAGAGCCAAAGGGGAUUUCCCCCCGUUUCAUGUUGAGGGAGAGGCAGCGCCUGAGUGUCAGCCAGAACCAAGAAGUCUCCAGGGAAACCAUGCCGGGAAGGAAGCAGAGAAGGCCUUGCUCUGUGAAGGAGGUAAUGGAAACUCGCACGAAAGCACAGCUAACAAAGGGAUGCUCAGGAGCAAAAAGAAGUGCACCGAGUGCGGAAAUCUCUGCGAGGUCUUUGACCUCCCCACGAACCAGAAAUCACAAACGGAGGAAGAGUUUUACAUCUGCCCUCGGUGUGGGAAGACCUUCAAGAAUGGCGUAUCCCUUGCUCCACACCAGGGGACCUCCGUAGCCGUAGCAAAACCCUACCCGUGCUCGGAGUGCGGCAAGAGCUUUGGCACCAAGGCUGCCCUCCUGAAGCACAAGGGGACGCACACGGGAGAGAAGCCCUACGUGUGCUCCGAGUGCGGGAAAUGCUUCACCACCAGCUCCAACCUGAUCUACCACAACAUCGUCCACACGGGGGAGAAGCCGCACAAGUGCUCCGAGUGCGGGAAGAGCUUCCACUGGAAGUCGUCCCUCAUCACGCACGAGAGGACCCACACGGGCGAGAAGCCGUACGAGUGCCCCGAGUGCGGGAAGAGCUUCGGCAACAGCUCCCAGCUCCUGCGGCACAAGAGGGUGCACACGGGCGAGAAGCCGUACCACUGCUCGGAGUGCGGCCGGAGCUUCAACCAGAUCGCCUCGCUCAUCGCGCACAAGAGGAUCCACACGGGAGAGAAACCUUACGAGUGCUCGGAGUGCGGGAAAGGCUUCGGCACCAGGACGAACCUGAUGAUGCACAAGCGGGUGCACACGGGGGAGCGGCCGUACAAGUGCUCCUACUGCGGGCAGAGCUUCAGCCAGAGGACGCACCUCAUCAUCCACGAGAGGACCCACACGGGCGAGAAGCCCUACACAUGCUCCGACUGCGGGAAGAGCUUCAACGCGAAAGCGCCCCUCAUCACGCACAAGAGGACCCACACGGGCGAGAACCUCUACCAGUGCUUCCAGUGUGGGAAGAGCUUCAGCACCAGCUCCAACCUCCUGAACCACAACAUCAUCCACACGGGGGAGAAGCCCCACAAGUGCUCGGACUGCGGCAAGUGCUUCAACCGGAAGUCGUCCCUCAUUACGCACCAGAGGACCCACACCGGGGAGAAGCCCUAUGCGUGCUUUGAGUGUGGGAAGUGCUUCAUUUCGAGCUCGGACCUCACGAAGCAUAAAAAAGUCCACAGGGGGAAGCGCUCGGCCAUCGCGGAAAGCGUCGUGUAUAGCCCGGCGCUUGCCGAAUCCGGUAGCGUUCAACCGGGAGGGCAGCCUUGCUAGGCCCAAACAAAGGGGAGAUGCUGUCAGGCCUGUGUCCUUUUCAAUACCAGUCUGCCUCAGUCACGUAUAACAGUGAGAGCCAAAGGUUCUGGUUUUAAUGUGCUAAAAUAAUAAAAUAAUAACGGAUUUCUGAGGCCGGGAGGAACCCCGUGUAGAAGCUCUCGUCAGGUUCCCCAUCCCUGCACCAGAGGAAAAGAUGCAAGUUUCUGAAGAGGAUCACAGCUUCACUUGAUGUUUCCUUAUUUUCAUGACUCACUAGAAUAGAUAACGUACAUUCUGGGCUAUCGGAAAUGUGACAUUUGGCACCUGAAAUAUGCGUUCAUGGUUGGUGCCUAAAAAUAAUAAUAAAAACGUGAUAGGCCCCAAACCCUUGUGCAUCAUUUAGCGCCAAUAUUGUCGCAGCUCUGUGGAUUUAUAUUAUCCAGGGGGUGGCAUGGGGAGAGCUGUUUCAGUGUGACAGAAUGGGACACUUCAGAAUUUGUCAUGUUUUUAAUACAGUGGUACCUCAGGUUAAGUACUUAAUUCGUUCUGGAGGUCUGUACUUAACCUGAAACUGUUCUUAACCUGAAGCACCACUUUAGCUAAUGGGGCCUCCUGCUGCUGCCGCGCCGCUGGAGCACAAUUUCUGUUCUCAUCCUGAAGCAAAGUUCUUAACCUGAAGCAAUAUUUCUGGAUUAGCGGAGUCUGUAACCUGAAGCGUAUGUAACCCGAGGUACCACUGUAUAGCUAUUUUAUACAUAUAUUUCUGUUCUUUCUUUUUUACCUGUUCUAAGCUAGUAGGCUGGGAUUAGCUAGGAGGGCCAUGUCUGUGUAUUAGCUGUAGAUUUCUAAGUUAUAUUGUUUGUUUUCCUUUAUGGAAAUGGAACAUUUCAGCUUGUCCACUUCCACACACUGUCUUUGAGUUCAUUGGGGUGCUGCCAUUCGUCAGUUAGUAUUAUGGGUGUGCCUCCUUUAUGGAUUUGUGCACACAAUGCAUUUAAGGUCGGGGUGCCUUUUUCUCUUUAAGGCACACUGUUAAUUCCACAUUUCUUUUUCACUCCUUUUGUAGCUUCUACUUUAUUAUGUCCCCUGAAGUCUUGACGACUCAUCUGACCACAGCUUCAGUUUUGUGAUGUGCUUAUUGUGAGAUGUUUGGUCAGUUCUGGAGUUUCCAGAUUCCUUAUUCAAACAAAUAUUCAUUGUGAGAAAUCUGUAAAUAAAUAAUAAGUUUGAAAA